GUGUUUUGAGCAACUCUGCCUACUCAAUAUUUUUGCCAAAAAAUCCACUGAGAAAACAUAAAUCCUUUCCAGUGAUCACGCCAUCUACUUUGGGGAGAAGGACAGGUUCUCCUUUUAUCCCCGAUGGGGGAACCAGGCGCCAGCACCUCCUUGGGAUGAGACCAGUGGAGACUGGACCCCCUGCUCUGUGCAGACAGCGAGGAGCAGGCUUCGUGGUCUUCGGUACCUUACUGCCAGGAGAAUCCCCGCUGCUUCGACCAGAAGCUCUCUGAGAUGGAAGCCAGUGCGGGUCUUGUACCAGGUGUCCUUGGAGGCGCUGAAGGUGCUUACUUCAGUGGAAGGGCUCCCGGCCUCGUGGAUGCUUGCCCCGAGGGCCAUCUGGAUUACUGUGUUAGUGGUGACAACGGCCACAACCAAGAGGCCCACAUGAGCCAGGGACGUAACACUGACUGCAACGCGGAUCUCAGUGACCAGGAGCCUGAGCAGCUGUCGCCGGCCAAGCAGGAUCCUGCAGAUACCCAGGGUCAACGGAGGGGCCGACCAAAGCGGUUAAGAAAUGGCUUUGCACUGUGGCAGGUGCAGGAAUUGGAAACUGUUUUCCAAUACACUCAGUACCCAGAUGUGUUCGCAAGGCUGGAGCUUGCAAGAGACAUGGAUGUGCCUGAAUUCAGAGUGCAGGCUUGGUUCAAGAAUCGGAGGGCCAAAGAUAGGAAACUUCAGCGGGAAGCAGUGCUCAGCGAUGCCCCACCUGCUGUCCAGCACCAGGGGGCCGUCCAGGACCAGCAGCAGCGCUCGCCUGUUCCCCUUCUCUGAGGCCACAGUGCACGUGGUUUUGCUCUUGGCACUAAGUCUGGGCCGUGUGUUGGUGCCCGUGCCAAUUUGAGGUUUUGUUCUCAGCACUUAUGUUGUCAAUAA